AUGGAGAGACAGCAGUGUAAUUCACUUCAAAACUUUGACGAUCCGAAAACGGAAAUUUUGAAAAAAAGAUUAUUAAAGGCGACUGGCACUUCCGCGAGUGGCAGUCUGGCUCAGAGCACCUCUCAGCAUAAUGUGCUAUUGAACACGUUACGCGCGCCAAUCUCGAGCAGUAUGAUCGUGUCCUCGGUGCAGGCGCCGCAGAGCUCGAUGGCUCUCACCCACAACCUCGUGACCCACUCCCUCGCUCCCAUGAAGAUCGGCAACUCCCCCUACCCCCUGCAGCUCUCCACCGUGCACGUGCCGGUGCAGAUCCCGGGCUCUACCUCCAAUAUCAAUGUGCCCGUGCAGCUGUCCGGUGCUACGAGUAGCAUGCCGCUGCAGAUAGCGCCGGUGAGUCUGCCCCUGCAAGUGUCUGCCACCACUAACAUCCCCGUGCAGAUGCCGGCCGGGGAAACCAUCAACGUCCCUCUACAGAUUCCCAACAGCCAGAAUAUCCAACUAACAGGCCCCACCCUGCCCUCUAUGCCUCUGUUGCAAAACACUCAGCCUCUCCACAGCUCUAUCAUUCACGUCCACAUGGGUUCCAAUAGAUCUACUAACUUCGAUGGUAGCGCAGACAUGAAUGUCUCCACUUCCACACAGCUUCAGCUCCCAGACUCUGGGGUUCAAGUGAAGAUGAACAAUCCUACGUCAGUGGCACAGAUGCAAGUCGGUUCCAACUCGACUGUUAUGCAAAUUCCUAACUCAUCUAAUAACUCGAUUCAACUGGCACUGCCUAACACUGGGGGUGCAGGCGCAGUCCAGCUGAGGGGUGCUCCCCGCACAGUGCCUCACGUAGUGUACAUACAGACCCCCACGGGAUUGAAACCUGUGACCAGUACAGAAGUGAUCAGCCAAGCCAGCACCAGUGGAAACCCACCUCAGAUUAUUGUCAGGAGACCGGUCACAAAUAGUUCAAAUAUACACUUAAUAUCAAAUGUUGGUACCAAACCCAACAUUGCACCUAAGAUGCCCGGACAAAAUAAAUCAUCUAUACUUGCACCAGCAAACGCUGCUCAACCGAUAGUGAUUCAAAAACCAAAAACAAAUGACAAAAUGAUGGUUCCAGUUAGCAUUGCGCCCGGGACUCAAGCGAAGCAAGCUAUAGCGUACCUGAGCUCUGUCAAAAAGCCAAACACCAAAGUAAUGCCAGAGAAUCAAUCAAUUCUCAUCUCUAGCAACCAAACAAAUGUUAACUCCAACAAUCAAAAACUAUUUCUGACCCCCAUGAACAUGCCUAAAAUGCCAAACACCAAAUUUAUUCUACCUGUGACUCUACCGGCAACUAUGGCUUCCAAGGGUCCAAUAAUAAACCUUCAAAUAGCCAAUGGACAAAUACAGAAUGACCCCCAAGGAAACAUCACUGUCAUGAGAGACACCUCGGUGGAAACCUCUGACAUGCCACCACUGCAGCCUUUAGCGAAACUAGUUACGGUUAAUGCGAAAGAUAAUUGCGUGCCCCAGAGUCCUAACAAGACAGAUAAAACUUUCACUAUUUCAAUACCAGGAUCGAGAGCAGAACCUACGGGAGAGCAAGGCGAGUACACAUUGUCCAUACCGGAGACGAAUGCUUCCAUGAAUGAUGAUAUUUAUACGGUGUCCAUAGCAGAUGACGAAGGUGGUAUGACACGGGAGAAAUCCUUUACCUUGGCCAUACCAGAGAAAGGCAAGAGCCUUCUAAAUAGAAACUUGCUUGACAGAAACGAUGUGGGUCCUGUACCGAUCGCGGCACCUGCAAUUUUGCGGCGUUCCUAUUCCGACAACAGCGAUAGGAAAACCACAACCGCUAACAAUAUUAAGCGUCGAAUAUCGUUGUGUACGGAAAAUAUGUCGAGCAAAACUGUGAAAUUGACUUUACCAGCGACGAAAGUUGUGAACCAAUCGAAAUCAGAUGAAAAUUUAGAUGCCGAUAUUAACGACGAUCAUCGCGUCCCCUCUCUGUUCUGCGACGAAAAGCUCGAUAAAGAUCUGGAAGCCAAAGUAAACCUGGGCGACUCAGACCCUGAAGAUUACAAGGACAAGGUUGAUGACAAACCUAACGACGUGUACUAUCAGAAAAUUGAUGCGUAUGAAUUCAAAGAUGAAAUAAAGGUUAGAGAACAUGAUCCUACAUUAGAAGAAGAUCCACCCGGCUUGGUAUGGAAAAACGGGAUAGCCCAGCUUCGAGGCAGCAAUUUACACUUUCGCACCAAUGAAUUUGGUCUCAUCGAUGUCAUUGAGGAAACGCAGCAAGAUGACUGUAGUAAUCUGAUCACCAAAUAUCAUACUCCACUGAAAAAGAGAAUAGAAAGGAGUAAGGAGAAAAAACCGACUUCUCCAGAAGAUCUGUACAAGUGUGACGGGUGCGGGUGCCACGGCAUGGCAGCCGAGUUUAUAACGCCCAACUUUUGCAGCUCCACCUGCCAAACUGAGGUUCAAAAGAUACAGCAGAAGAAGAAAGACAGAGAAAGGAUGGAAUUGGCCAAGAAAAGGAACAAAAUGAAGAAAUUGCUCAUGAGGAAGCAGCUGUCCGAUUCAGACAUCGUUGAAAAUAAAGACGAUAAGGUUCCACUAAAGCACUACGAUUCCGCAACAAGUGACACUCAGAUGUCUGAGAUAAUGAAAAUGGGAGAAGAUUUGGUGGAGAAUGAGAAGUAUCCGUGGAUGUGCGGAAAGAAUGGUUUUUCGUGGAUGCGCUACUUGGACGUUUGCAAAGCUAAAGCUGCGCCAGUGAAACUGUUUAAAGACCCCUUUCCUUAUAAUAAGAAUGGGUUUAAGGUGGGCAUGCGGAUGGAGGCGAUCGAUCCACAGCAUCCUUCUUUAUUUUGCGUGGUUUCUGUUGCUGAAGUGCAAGGCUACAGAAUGCGCCUACAUUUCGACGAGUAUCCGGAUAUGUACGAUUUCUGGGUGAAUGCGGAUUCGAUCGACAUCUUUCCCGCGGGGUGGUGCGAGAAGAACAGCCGUCCGUUGAAGCCGCCUGCAGGAUACGACUCAGCUACGUUUUCCUGGCCGUUGUACCUAAAGCAGAUGCGUGCUGUCACAGCGCCUAGAUACCUCUUCUCACAUAUCACUUCUGCUAUGAUAAAACCCAAUGGUUUCCGUAUCGGCAUGAAGCUAGAAGCAGAAGACCGCCACAACGACAUGGUUUGCCCGGCCACCGUGGGGGAUAUGCUGGACAACCGACUGCUGGUCACGUUCGACAGCUGGGACGAGGUGUACGACUGCUGGGUGGACCCAUCCUCCCCCUACAUACACCCUGUGGGCUGGGCGGAGGAGAACGGCAUCGCUUUGACUCCACCCAACUACUACAAGGACUCAUCGUCGUUCUCAUGGGAGAACUACCUGUCGGAGAGCAUGGCGAGCGCGGCGCCGCCCCGCGCCUUCAAGACGCGCCCGCCGCUCGGCUUCAAGCCGGGGAUGAAGCUUGAGGUGGUCGACCGCAGGGUGCCCUUCCUCAUCCGAGUGGCCACCAUAAGCGCGGUGAAGGGCCACCAGGUGCGCGUGUCGUUCGACGGCUGGCCCGAGGAGCUGUCGUGCUGGCUGGACGACGACUCGCCGGACAUACACCCCGUGGGGUGGUGCCUGAAGACCGGACAUCCCUUGGAGCCCCCACUGACUGCCGAGGAGCUUCGAAUAAGCGGUCCGUGCGGAGUGGGCGGGUGUAGAGGACUAGGCUCGGUGCGCGGCGGCUCACACAAGCAGCACGGCGCUGCCUCCGCCUGCCCGUACCGCGCGCAGAGACCGCCGUCGCCGCCUGACCGAUUGCAGAGGGCACAAAGUAAACCUAAAUCAAUUUCAACUAGUACUCCAAACAGUGAUGCUCCCAAAGAAAAGCUUCCGAGAGGACGGCCGCCCAAACACAAAAGAGUUGAAGAAGUUUCCAAGAACGAUCCGGUAUCAGACGACGAGUCGCUCUCGAGCAGCGGCGGCAAGCGUUGGCGCGGCAGCGACGAGCGGUUGCGCGCCAGCUCGCGCCGCGACUCGCCCGCGCCGACCUCGCGCCACUCCGCGCCGCCGCCCUCCGCGCCGCUCCGCUCCGCUGCGCACUCGCCCGCGCCAGUGCCCGCUAUGCCGCGCGCGUUAAUCGCGAGGCACGUCGCCGACCUCGCGCUGCCGCCGGAUCCCGACUCCUGGACACAGAAGGAUGUGGCAGCCCUACUAUCGCGCAUCGCGGGAGCGGCCGCGGGCGCCGCAGCGGCCGCCGCGCGCGUGUCCGGCGCGGAGCUGCUCAUGGCGUCGUGCGAGGAGCUCGUGCACUGCCUGCGGCUGCGGCUCGGGCCCGCCGUCAAAGUGUACGCGGCCGUGCGUCAGCUGCGGGACUCGCUGUCGUGAUCCAGGGCUCUGCAGCACGCGCUCCACGUGCUAGUGUGAACUGUGACUGUCAACAUGCAGUGUCGUAAAACUCCUCUCGCUCGCCCUCACCUUGCGCACGAAGUGAAUACGUGCGGGCGUCCACAUGUUAGUGUGAUCGUCGGCUAUGCUUCUUAAUACCACCCUACAGUGUUUAUCGUCGUCAAAAUGUAUGUGGCCGUGCGCCAUCUUAGCCUCGCCCUCCACAUACUAGUGUGAACUGUGACUACCAACAUACAGGAGACUCGCUCCGUUGCCUCCUUCAUCCAGCUUCACUGGUUUGAUCUUGGUUUCGAUGAGGAUGUCGCCGGCUCGUUAGCUCGCCUCCUCCCUGCCUCACCCCACUCGGCUUCGUAGGCUCGCUUCUCAGUACCUUCGCGACCUGUCUUCAAGCGAAACAAAAUCACUAGGGGGUGCCUACUCCUAGUGUUGUACAACCACUUUUAUAAGUCACAUCGCCGAAACUUGUUUGUGCAGAUAAGCGCAAUCUAACGCCGACUAAAACCGAACCAAAACUAUAAAAUACAGACCUUAUUGCUUGACAUUAAGAUUUUAAACACAAUAACAACAGACUUCUGCUAUCCCGCUCAUAAUUCGCACCUACAAAACAUACCGCGCAGGCAAUAGCGGACGGACGCCCGUUAUUGUUAAGUGGUAUAUUCUCGCGCUGUUCAAGAAUACGAUAUUUGCGCAGCGCACCGGUGUAACAUAUAAAAGUGGUUGUACUGUACGACUGUACUGUGUGGAGUUGGGGUGAUCAGAUUUCAUUCUGAGCUCUCAACCUAUCUUAGAUGCAUUAUUUAUGUACUUGAUGAUUUAUUCCAUCUUUAUAUUUACCUAUGAAAUCUGUGAGACUUUCAAGGAGGAUGUACAUCGCUUUCACCCAUGUUGUUCGUUCACUAUAAUUGGCGCCUAUCUUUAUAUUAUCUUGGCACCAUCGCUUUGUUUGCUUUAUUCCCAAGAACUUAGGGUUUAUUAUUGUGUGAUUUGCAAUGGUGCCAACAUAAAGUUAAGCGUCAAGUUAUAGUGAACGUAUUGUAGGUGUGUUUUUUGGGGUUCUUUAUACAACAUACAUGAUGCUAUUUGUAUAUACAACUUUCAUGACCCUGUAUAUAAUUAUUAUAUACCAUUGUCAGUAUUUAGCUGAAGUCUAUUGUAGAUUAAUUUUCUCUUAUUUUUCUUUGAAAUUAAAUACAUAAUAUAUAUAAAAAUUUUAGUCAGGUAAAUGGACUUUUCAAAGUGUUAUUGAUGUGAAAUUAUUGCGCAUAUGCUCACGGCAUAGACUCAAAAAAAUUAUGAGAAGUAUUUUUUGCUCAUAGUCAUAUUAUGUUUAAAUACAUAUUCUAUAUUAUGUUGAUGAAAGAUGGUUUUGCCAUAAAUAUGUGCUUAAGGUAAAUUAUGAAAAACAAUUCAUGCAACAAGGUUUAUGUUAGUAGGUGUAAGAAACCUAAAAAAUCUGUAUAAAAUGACUUAAAAUAUUAUAUCAUGACUUUCUAUGACGAGAAAUUGACUAUUUUUUGUGCUAUGAAUAUAGACAACUUUAUUAUUUUUGGUAUAGUCCUCAAGAAUUUGAACGCAUUAGACGUAUUUUUAUUGCUUGGUUUUAAGAGUUGCUGUCUGAUUUCUACCGUACGCUUCAAACUAGAUGGCGCUGUAUCGAGUAUGAUCGCAGUAACAAAGAUUACAAGCUUCAAAUCCAGACAAUAUUACAGUUAUGGUGUUGAAACCACAGAAAUCAAAAUCAGUACAGAAGUCUUAAGAAGCAGAAGAUUGCCGCCUACGUAGGGCCGUAGGGUCCUAUGUUGAAGAAUCGUCAUUUAACUCGAGAUCAAAGGUGCCGGACUACUGUCUCUCUUUAUACUGUGCUAAUAUUUCUGGCAGUCUCUGUAAAGUGAAGAGCGAGCUUUAGGACAUUUGUGCAUUCAUCUGUAUUCGAUUCGUUUUUGUAAAAAUACGAAUUACGAAAACGAAUAUGAAUCGAAUACGAAUGAGUGCAGAAUAUGCGAAUAUUUGCGCCGUAGAACUCCUCGACAAUAUUUUGGAAGUAGGCUAUUAUAGUUUUUUAAUUUGUAUUACCUAUAAGCUUUUCUAUUAGCACAAAUGCAAGGUUUGAGGUUGUGAUUGUAUAAAAUACGUAACUUUCUGGAACCUUUUAAAUUUGACAUGAAUUUGAAACGAAUUAUGUAAUU